AUGACUACUACUGCUACGCCUAUAAAUGGUAGGUCUAUCAGUAACAUUAAUCUGGACAGCUCUGGUACCCCCAUGGUCUUAGAUUCGCAGUCCAUGACCCCAUCCAAUAAAAUUAAUGACGACUAUGCUGAGACUAAGGCUCGGCCUGAGGUGCGCCAGGAAGUUCCCAAAAAGCCACUGUCGGAGUACUUUCUUGUGAUGUCUCUGUGUCUCAUGGUUGCGUUUGGUGGUUUUGUUUUCGGCUGGGAUACCGGUACGAUCUCGGGUUUUGUCAACAUGUCCGACUUUAAACGUCGUUUUGGUCAACUGAACACAACUACAAACGAGUACUAUCUAUCAGAUGUCAGAACAGGUCUAAUCGUAGCUAUCUUCAAUAUCGGCUGCGCUGUGGGCGGUUUAACUUUAGGUCGUCUCGGUGAUAUCAAGGGUCGCCGUCUGGGUCUCAUGAGCGUAGUUGGGGUCUACGUCGUCGGUAUUAUUAUACAAAUCACAUCGGUAGGCAAGUGGUACCAAUACUUUAUCGGUAGAAUUGUUUCCGGGCUGGGAGUUGGUGGAAUCGCCGUUUUGUCUCCAACUUUGAUUUCCGAAACUGCCCCAAAACACUUGAGAGGCACUUGCGUCUCCUUUUAUCAGUUGAUGAUUACCUUAGGUAUCUUCUUGGGCUAUUGUACCAACUAUGGAACAAAAAGUUACUCUAAUUCCACUCAGUGGAGAGUCCCGCUGGGACUGUGCUUCAUGUGGGCCAUAUUCAUGGUUGCUGGUAUGUUGUUCGUUCCCGAGUCUCCACGAUAUUUGAUAGAAGUAGGCGACCUCGAGCAAGCAAAGCGCUCUAUUGCUAGAUCAAACAAGCUUUCUGUCGAGGAUCCUGGUGUUAUCUCAGAGGUCAAUGUUAUCCACGCAAGCGUCGAGGCCGAGAAACUUGCCGGUACAGCUCGCUGGAGUGAACUAUUUUCUCCUUCUGGCAAAAUUCUACAGCGUGUCAUUAUGGGUGCGGUUAUUCAAUCUUUGCAACAAUUGACAGGUAACAACUACUUCUUUUAUUACGGAACUACCAUAUUUCAAGCCGUUGGUUUGGAUGAUUCUUUCCAAACAUCAAUUAUUCUCGGUGUUGUCAACUUUGCAUCGACUUUCGUUGGUCUUUACACGGUUGAAAAGUACGGCCGUCGUAGAUGUUUACUGUGGGGUUCUGCCGCCAUGGCUGUAUGCUUCGUGGUCUUUGCCUCAGUCGGUGUCACAAGGUUACACCCCAAUGGCCAGGAUGCUCCAUCCUCCACGUCGGCUGGCAAUGCCAUGAUCUGCUUUACCUGCUUUUUCAUUUUCUUCUUCGCUACAACCUGGGCUCCAAUUGCAUACGUGAUUGUGGCAGAAACGUAUCCAUUGCGUGUGAGAAACCGUGCCAUGGCCAUUGCUGUCGGCUCAAAUUGGAUCUGGGGUUUUAUCAUCGGUUUCUGCACGCCAUUCAUCACCUCUGCUAUCAACUUUUACUACGGCUACGUCUUUAUGGGAUGUUUGGUGUUCUCAUUCGUCUACGUUUUCUUCUUUGUAUGUGAGACCAAGGGUUUGACCUUGGAGGAGGUAAACGAAAUGUAUUUGGAAGGUGUCCUGCCUUGGAAGUCUGGCAAUUGGGUUCCGGUUGCCAACAGAGACGAGUUUCAUGGACUAAAAGAAUUCGAUUCUGAUGUUUAA